CACGAAGUACAGACGUUGCAAAACGCUCAGACAAACCGCGCUCAUGCGACCGUGGGAGCCACGGCUCUUGCUCGUCGUGCUCUACCUGUACCUCCUUGGCAGCAGCCUCUAUUUUGCGUUCUUCGGGCUCAUGGUCUGGCGCCUCACCCCCAUCCAAGCCCGCAUGGUCCUCUUCAUCCAGCCCCAAGCCAGCGCGAGCGCCUUCUUUUCCCUCGCUGCUGCCUUUCUCAUUCCGCUCCGGCCGCGAUGCAAACACGAUGUCUCCAAGUCCUUCGGCACUGCCCGCCCAUGGCCGCCAGAGCGGAAAGCGUCGGUGCUUCACACACUCGCCCUGCUCGGCCAGACGUACCUCGCCUACACGACAGCUGCCGUGACGCCGCAUUCAACGGUCGCCGGAGCUUAUGCGGCGGUCGUCGUUCUCAGCUGCCUUCUCACGCCGUACUACCUUGUGCAUGACCGUCUUGGGCUCGUGGAUGCUCUCGACAGCGCCACGACGCUGCUCAUUGCCGUCAUCUUCCCGACUCUCUUUGUGCUUGUCCCGACCGCCACAGUCAUCUACGGCCCUCAGCGCGACACGGGUUCGACAGGGAAUCAGUACGCGUGGUACGCGGAGUUUGUCGCCUCGUGGCGCCUCCUCGCAGUCACAUCUGUGCCCAAGCUUGUGGCCAUGAUCGCGCCAAGCACGCGUUCCCACGUUCGCGGGGUCUACCUUCUCAUCGGCUUCAACAUUGGCUGGGGUCUCUGCGUGCUAAGUCUAUCGCUCUAUGCAAUCGGCCACAGUAGCACCUGCCCCGCGCACUGCAGCGUUGAAGCGCGACCGUGGUUUAGCUCCACUUGCGCCUGCGUCUACGCGCGGCUCGACUGCCGGACGAUGGUACCGUCUCUGGGAGCGGACGAGGAGCGCCACUUGACGGUGGACCGCUUGGGCCCGAGCCUCAUCGUGCUGCACACACUGCACUGCUCGCUGCCGCGCGGCUUGCAAGCAGAGACGUUGGCGUCGUUCGAGGACCUCUUCGCCUACGCCAUCGAGUACUCCAACAUGACGUCGUGGGAGAUACCAGUGAGUGCAUACCCCUCGUCGCUCGCGCUGGCCUACAUACGCUAUAGCCAGCUCACGACGCUUCCAGCCGCACUGGCGUCGCCGCCACCGCAUCUCGUGGGCAUCUUCCUCGACUCGGCGCCGAUCGUCAACGUGCCCAUAGCUGUGUGGGCCAACUGGACGCAGCUCUCCAGCUUGUGGCUCUGCAACAUCAGUCUCCAGGUUUUGCCGGAGUCGAUCGCAGCGCUGCAGAGUCUCCAGUUUCUGGUGCUGAGCAGCAACAAUGUCUCGCGUCUCCCGCAUGCUCUUCGCACCAUGCCGCUGCUGCAAAAGCUCUACGUGGACGCCAAUCCAAUCACCGAGUUCCCAGAGACGCUGCUCACGGCCAACCCGACGCUGGACCUCGCGCUCGACCAAACACAAAUCGCAACGAUCCCUGACACGCCGGCGGUCCGAGCGGCUCUGCCCAAAGGCCGUGUGCACCUUCGCUCGACACCCUUUUGUAUGCAUGAGCAAGGGAACCACCUUGCAGCGAUGCUCUUGCCGGGUAUGUGCGAGGCGGUGUGCGCGCCUUUCUGCGCCGACGUGCGUCGAGGCAACCGGUUUUGCGACGCGCCGUGCAACGUAGCUGCUUGUGCCUUUGACAAUGGCGACUGCGCCUAUUAG